CACAGACUCCAGAGCGACACGGUAGAAGCCGUUUAUUUCUCAGCGCAGCGGACAGAGGAUGCGCCUCACGCCUUCGCAGAAAGCCGAGGUUCAGCUUUAGUCCUAACUCACCUUUAUCACACCCCGAGGACACUGAGGACAACUCAAAGCACUUUGAACAAAGUAACGUUACUGGAAUAUUUCUAACGUACUGUAACAUGGACAGACGGCAAACUCGGGUCAACCGGUUGAUGUUCAGCGACAGUGAAUGAAGAUGAGGCUCAGUUAGUCCAUGAUGGAUCACCAUCACGAUUUGAAAUGUAAAAUAGUUGUGGUCGGGGACACUCAGUGUGGGAAGACGUCUCUGUUAAAUGUUUUUGCCAAAGACUCCUUUCCAGAGAACUACGUUCCUACAGUGUUUGAGAACUACACAGCCAGUUUUGAGGUGGACACACUGAGAGUUGAGCUCAGUCUUUGGGAUACUUCAGGGUCUCCAUACUAUGACAACGUGCGCCCCCUUUCUUACCCGGACGCUGAUGCGGUUCUCAUCUGUUUUGAUAUUGGCCGACCAGAGACUCUGGAGAAUGUGUUAAGGAAGUGGAAGGGAGAAAUUGAGGAAUUCUGUCCUAAUACUAAAGUACUUUUGGUUGGAUGCAAGUCAGACCUGCGUGCAGACCUGGCCACAUUUGUACAGCUGUCCAAUGACAUUCCUUCAUCAUAUGACCAGGGUUCAAACAUGGCCAAGCUGAUCUCGGCUCCUUACAUCGAGUGUUCAGCACAGCAGUCUGAGAACAGCGUGAGGGACAUUUUUCACAUAGCCACACUGGCCUGUAUCAGUAAAAGCAACAAGAACGUGAAGCGCAUCAAGUCCAGCAGAGCCAAAAAGAGGACUUCACAUGUUUCUAACAGGCCUGAGCUGGACUCAGUGUCACGUCUACACAAGACCAAGGCAAAAACCUGCACAGUCAUGUGAUUUCAGGAGCCAUUUCAUCUGCAUGCAUUCCUUCUCCUAUCAGGAUUCUUACUAAAAUUCCAUUGGGGAAUUUACAGGACAUAAACUGAAGGGAGAUAUUUUGCACUUCACUAGUAUUCGCAAUAUGUACGACUGAGUCAGUGACAAGUAUUAAUGAUGAUGCUGUUUGUUCUCCCAUUUAAAAGCACCUCAGAAUAUUUUUAGCCAUUAAAUAAAA